GUAAACUGAAAGUGUUGUUGUUAGCAACUAGCGACUAGCUUUCAGCUAAUGUUAGCAAACCGAAGAGCUAACGGUGUGAGACAUCUGAUUAUUUCAAGCAAAUUAAAGUUGCGUUAACCUUUAGACAUUUAAGUAACAGGAACAAGUCUUAUCCAGUGUGUGCCUUCAACAAAAUCAAAAAUGACUUCUGCAUUGUCGGAUCCAACCCUUGAGAGACAUUUUAAGGGUCAUCGGCACACUGUGACCAGUGUGGACUUCAGCUGCAGCAUGAAACAGAUUGCUACGGGCUCUGUGGACUCUUGUGUGAUGAUCUGGAACAUGAAGCCUCAGAUGCGAGCGUAUCGCUUUGAUGGGCACAAAGAAGCUGUCACUUGUGUUCAGUUUUCUCCAUCUGGCCACCUGGUGGCCUCCACCUCUAGAGACAAAACUGUGCGUCUUUGGGUGCCCAGCAUGAAGGCAGAUUCAACCGUAUUCAGGGCUCACACAGCCACUGUGCGCUGUGUUAACUUCUCCUGUGAUGGACAGACUAUGCUGACAUCCUCUGAUGACAAGACCAUCAAACUGUGGACGGUCCACAGGCAGAAGUUCCUCUUCUCUUUCAGCCAACACAUGAACUGGGUCCGCUGUGCUAAGUUUUCUCCAGAUGAUGGUUUGAUUGUAUCAUGUAGUGACGAUAAAACCAUAAAACUGUGGGACAAGAAAACUAGAGAAUGCAUUCAUACUUUUACUGAGCAUGCUGGUUAUGCAAGCUAUGUAGACUUUCAUCCCAGUGGGACAUGCAUUGCUGCAGCAAGUACUGAUACCUCUGUUAAGAUUUGGGACAUCAGAACCCACAAAAUGCUUCAGCAUUAUCCAGUCCACAGUGGUGCUGUGAACGGUUUGUCUUUCCAUCCUGGUGGUAAUUUCCUAAUCACUGCAUCCAGCGACUCCACAAUGAAAAUACUGGACCUGGUGGAGGGAAAGCUAUUGUAUACACUGCAUGGACAUCAGGGUGCAGUCACAUGUGUGGCCUUCUCUAGAGCGGGGGAUUACUUUUCAUCUGGAGGUUCUGAUGAACAGGUUUUGGUGUGGAAGAGCAACUUUGACGAAUGUAUUGAAAGCAGUAAUCGUGUCAAAUCGCAAUGUAAAAGUGCAGAGAGUUCACAGUCUCGGCCAGCCAGUUCAACAACUAAUCUUCAUUUUAACUCGCAACCACCUGUCCUCAACAACCAGACCUUCGAAAGAGCAGAGCACCUCAACAGACCUAACACCCAAACUACGGCUCGCACUCUUAGUUUCGGCCAUAGUGAUGGCCACAGUCGAGGGUCUCACUCCCAUGCCCACAGAGACGCCGCCACCGGUUCACCCUCCACCCAGCAGACUCAGGGUUCACAACGACCUGCACACCAGGAUAAAGGCCUGUCCGAUGUUUCGGAUGGAAGGGUUCCCUCCAGUUUAGCCAACACCCUCGAGCACAUCAUAGGUCAACUGGACGUUCUCACUCAGACGGUUUCGAUCCUGGAGCAGCGGCUGACGCUGACGGAGGACAAGCUCAAGGAGUGUUUGGAGAACCAGAUGGAGAUUGGACUGCAUCUCCAAAAUCGAGACGAAUGAAGAAGGUGGCCAAAUCAACUCUGUUGAUGACAAAAAAAAAAGAGAGACUUAAGCUGAUGCUGCAAAGGCAACGCAAAAAAAACCGUCAGCGUACAAAUGCAGUCAAACAAGCUGCAUAACCAAACAAAUGCUUUCUGAGCUUUCCUGCUGAUGCACAGGUUAUUUCACACACAGAUAUCAGAGGUGAACGAGUUGAAUAUUAGAGAAGUUCCUCCACAGCAGUGCUGAGUGUGCAGACUGUUUUCUGCUGACAAAGGCCUUGUCCCCGUCUAUACGUGCAUAUAAUGUGUGUGCGUGUGUGUGUGCGCAGAACGGCUGCCUGCAGUCAACCUUUAUGAUUCUCUUUAGCGUUUGCAUUUCAAUUUGCCAAGCGAAGACUGUGAUUAAAUGCUCAAACGUCCGUCACAACAUGCAUGCAUAGAAAGAAUUAAGCCAUUAUGGCAACUUGGUAAAUAAUUAAACGUAGCAACAAUUAAAGAGACAACGCAGUGCCUUUCUUUACCGUCGUAAAGAAAAAAAUAAUAACAGUUACAAGAUACUGGAGGCCUUGAUGUAUUUUUGGGAAGCUCCUUUAAACUUUUGUUUACAUUUAAAUUUUCUUGGUUUUGGGCUUAAGCGUUACAGACGGGGUAGGAAAAAUCCUGGACAAAUUAAAGAAUUUGUUCCUUUUCUGUUCAGAAUUGUUGACGGUCAGAAAAUGUUUUAAUUGCUUUAAAGUUGGACUUUUCUUCAGAAAACCUAAUCUAAUUUUAUUUUAUUGUCUGUCUUUCUGUGCCUCAACCAUUUAUUCUCUGAAGUAAUUGUUUUUGUUUCUUCUCUAAAUAAAUGUUUUACACCCUCAGCCUUAA